AUGUCCACCCUGCCAAACCCUAUCUACCGAGCUGAUCCCCGUGGCCCCGAGAAGAUCCUAGCUGCUGGCGGCUUCAAGAGCUGGGGCUCAGAUCAGACGAUCACCAUCAUUGAGCACGUAAAGAAACUAUACAACAAGCCGCAUAGGCAGGGGCAAGACCCGUGGAUCUCCACCUCAGGCAAGGCUUCAGUCGGUGAAGGACCAGUAGUUGAUAAGCCCUGUUGGGUUUACGUCAUCAACACAACCACUAUCGCCUCAAGGUUCACCGAGGUUGCACCAGUCUUUGCGGCGGCGGGAGAGAAGUAUGGCCAUGCCAACGAAGAGGAAUGGGCAGCAUACCGCGAGAUUCCUUUGGCAUGCAUCACUUCCUUUUACCAGAUCAGGAAGGACGGUAAGCAUUCAGCGUCCUUCACCUGGGCAAGCUGGGAAGCAGCCCAGAAGGCAAAAGCCGCAAAGCCAGCAUCGGGAUCAGGAAAGGGCUCGGGGUCGGGGUCGGGUUCCGGACCGAAAAAAUGA